AUGAAUGUCCAAUGUGCAGUCUUACCUGUACAAACAUUCAGAUUCUUGAAGAACAUGUGGAUUUACACUUAGAGGAACACAGCUUUUCGAAAGAUGGAAACAUAAGAGAUCUAGAACUGGCUGAACGGCUCCAAACUGAAGAAUAUAAAUGGCAGAGAUCAGAAGAAGAGAAGCGAGAGAGGGAAGAAUUUAAAAAGCUGCAGAGACAGUAUGGCUUGGAUAAUUCUGGAGGCUACAAGCAGCAAUUCCUAAAGAAUAUGGAAAGGGAAGUUGAUAGAGGAAGGAUGCAGCCUUUUGAAUAUCACAAGAGAAAAGCUGACAUGAUGGAAUGCUUGGCUUUUGGUAUAGAUGAUGGGAAAACAAAGACCUCAGGAGUCAUUGAAGCAUUGUGCAAGUACUAUCAGAAUGAAAACAAAGAUGUAAGGCAUGUAUGGCUUUCCACAGGAGUAGAUCACUUCCACUCAUCUUUGGGCGACAGAGGCUGGGGUUGCGGUUACAGGAAUUUCCAAAUGCUCCUUUCCUCACUGUUGCAAAACAGCUUGUAUAGUGACUGCUUGAGAGGUAUAAUAAUUCCUAGUAUACCAAAGAUUCAGUCCAUGAUUGAAGAUGCGUGGAGAGAAGGCUUUGAUCCUCAUGGGGCAUCUCACUUCAACAAGAGAUUACAUGGUUCCAAAGCAUGGAUAGGAGCAUGUGAAAUUUAUUCACUGUUAACCAGCCUCAGGAUAAAGUGUCAAAUCGUUGACUUUCACAAACCAACUGGCCCUAUGGGUACACACCCUCGUUUAUUCGAGUGGGUUUUGCGUUACUAUUCUACAGGUGAUGAAGGUGGUGCAAAGGUAGUCUGUACUUCCAAACCACCUAUCUACUUGCAACAUCAAGGUCAUAGUCGUACUGUUGUUGGAAUAGAAGAGAAGAAGAAUAAAACCUUAUGUUUGCUACUGUUUGACCCGGGAUGUCCUUCCCAAGAAAUGCAGAAACUGCUAAAACAAAACAGUGAUGGUACUGGUCUCAAGCUACUUCGGAAAUUUGUGGGUAGCUUAAAAGAAAAGCAAUACCAGAUAGUGGCUGUAGAUGGUGUACUCUCAUUGGAAGAGAAAGCUGCUCGCUGCCAUGCUUCUCAGGUCUUAACAUCAGAGAAGAUUCCUUAAAGCAUGCCUUUAUUACCUCUUUUGGAAUCUGCUGGAUGCAAAACAUUAAACUUCUGGACUAUGACCCUAACUCAAUGAUUUCUAGACUUUAAACUAUGUCUCCAUAAAUGUUUGGGGGCUCUGGAGAAGCACAACACUAGAGUAAACCUGUAGUUUUGAUCUUCAGUCAAAACUCUGCCCUCCUGAUGAAUCUGUAACUCUGAAGUAUUACAGUUCUUUUCUUACUAGAAAAUAUGCUAUUUUCUUAGUUGCUUAAACUACAAAGCAACACCUACCAUCCCGUAGCAGACUAUGCACCAUAGUUAACUGUCGUUAAGCAGUGGAUAGAGAUACUAUGGAACUACUUUAUUGGAGUGCCUCCGUAAAUAUAUCUAUGCUGGCUCUGUGGCCAGUGCUCUGUUUCUUACCAAAUUUGAUCAACAAACAUCCAUUAUGCCUCAGCAAAUUCUCCUGCAACUGUUUGCAAAGUACAGAGACAGUUCAGUGAAUUCACAUGAUGCAGCCUGUUCCACCAGCGAUUAGUUUACUACUGAACUUCUUUUCAGUUAGCUGGCUUCUCUAGAUGUAUUGCUUGUAAACAUGAACAUGUGUGCUCGUGACGUAGAUCAGUGUUAGGAUUGGCUGUGAGGUCUAAGAUAGUGGUGUCCAAAGAGGGGUGUGUGUGCUUUAGGGGUUGUGCAACGCAAUCCCUUGGGGUAUAGGAAGA